CUCUCUCUGUUUCUUCUCAGUUCUCACAAAACAAAGGAAAGAAGGCAGCAAAACUCCUCCUCUGAAGUGAACGUCCCAGACGGCGGUGGCUUGCAAUCGGAGUUCGCCUCAACCACCAGUUCCAAGGUACUUGGUGAUGGAACUGGUAACUUGAUUGGUUGAAUGCGGUGCCCGGUUGAGAUCACCCACUAAUUCUACAACUUUAAUCGAGCUGUACACACGUCUCUGAAUCAAUAAUGAAAGCCGUGGGCGUGUUUGCUUUGAUGCUCAUUUUUGGGUUAUUUUCUGCUGAUUUGCCUUUCUCAAGUGCCCAAACGAUUUUCAACGUGUUAGAUUAUGGUGCUAAGGCAGAUGGGAAAACAGAUGAUUCCAAUGCAUUUUCGGCAGCAUGGAAGGCUGCAUGUAGCGCAGCAACUCAAAAUCCUACAGUCGUGGUGCCAAGUAGCAAGGAUUUUUUGGUUUAUCCUCUUACUUUUCAGGGUCCGUGCAAAUCUAGCAACAUUUCAUUUCAGGUAAUAGGAACCAUUAAUGCGCCAUCCUCACCAAGUGUAUGGAGGGGGCGUAACGCAAGAAGGUGGCUAAUAUUUCAUGGUGUGACCGGACUUCUUAUCACUGGCAACGGCACCUUUAAUGGCCAUGGUUCGGAAUGGUGGGACCUGUCUUGUAGUGAUCACCCUAGUAUGGUGGGAUGCGCUACAAUAAUACCAGUGGCAUUGAAUAUCAUACAUUGCAAGCACAGUACUAUUAGCGACAUUUACACCAUCAACAGUGCCAGAUACCAUGUAGUGGUAAAUCAGAGUAGUGAUAUUUUGGUUAAGAAUAUGCAUAUAACAGCUCCAGAAAGUAGCCCUAACACUGACGGCAUUCACAUUGAACUCUCUCAAAAUGUCCUUGUCAACAACUCUGUCAUAGCUACAGGUGACGACUGUGUUUCCAUUGGAGAAUUGUCAUCUAAUAUUAACGUAUCAUAUGUUACAUGUGGACCGGGUCAUGGAGUAAGCAUUGGAAGCUUAGGCAGGUAUGGAAAUUCUGUCAAAGUUGAAAACAUUCAUGUGAAGAAAGUUAAUUUCAAGGGAACAACAAAUGGAGUUCGGAUCAAGACAUGGCAGAUUGGACUAGGUUACGCUCGAAAGAUUUCAUUCGAGCACAUCACCUUGGAAUCAGUAAAAAACCCAAUAUAUAUUGAUCAAAAUUACUGCAAUAAUUUUGAUGGUACAAGAGGUAAUUGUGAGCCAAAGUCAACUGGAGUUCACAUAAGCGAAGUGACCUACGAUGACAUAGUUGGAACAUCAAGCUCAAAUGCAGCAAUUUACCUCAAUUGCAGUCAAUCUGUUGCUUGCACUGGAAUAACUUUGAGCAACAUAAAGAUUGAAUCAAAUAAAUCUGGACAGCAAGUCACCUCUGAAUGUACUAAUGCCCAUGGCACCGAUUCUGGAGUGGUUCAACCUAAGUCCUGUCUACAAUCUUGAUAGAUUUGGGACAUCAUUCAAGGCACUCUAUGAAAAUUUUCUCAUAUAUAUGUGCUGCAAAUGUCAAGAAAAAGUAGCAAAGAAGCAAAAUUGUAAGUUAGUGACUAUCAUUGGUUGUGUACUCGUGUGAGACUAUGCAUUUCAUGGACCAGCACUUCUAUACGAGUUAAAUGGGCUAAUUGGAUCGGCCUCGUUUCAUCUA